AUGAGACAACUUACGGAAGAAGAAACAAAGGUGGUUUUUGAAAAGCUGGCCACCUAUAUUGGACGAAAUAUAACUUUCAUGGUGAAUAAUCCCGAUGAACCUCACGUGUUCAGGCUUCAGAAAGAUAGAGUGUACUAUGUUAGAGAAGACAUAGCGAAAUUGGCCACCGCUAUAGCCAGAAAGAACCUUAUCUCUAUUGGUGUUUGUUUGGGAAAGUUUACUAAGCAUGGAAAAUUCAGACUACAUAUAACAUCGCUACCAUAUCUUGCCAAAUAUGCCAAAUAUAAGGUGUGGAUCAAAACUAAUGGAGAAAUGCCUUUUCUAUAUGGAAAUCACGUGCUUAAGGCACACGUUGGCAAAAUGAGUGAGGAUAUACCUGAACACUCCGGUGUGGUGGUUUUCUCCAUGAAAGAUGUGCCUCUAGGUUUUGGUGUCUCUUCCAAGUCCACCAUUGAAGCUAAAAACUUGCAACCAACCGGUAUAGUGGCUUUAAGACAAGCUGAUAUUGGUGAAUAUUUGAGAGAGGAGGACACCUUAUUUACUUAA